CUCGGUAGCUUCUUCCCCAUUCACAUUCGGCCAUUCUCCACCGUCCAACCAACCACCGGCGGCGGCACAAGGGAAGCGAAGAGGAAUCAACGCGAUGUCUGCGACCACGGCGGCGGUGCCCUUCUGGCGGGCGGCCGGGAUGACCUACAUCGGCUACUCCAACAUCUGCGCUGCGCUGGUACGGAACUGCCUCAAGGAGCCCUUCAAGUCCGAGGCCGCGUCCCGCGAGAAGGUCCAUUUCUCCAUCUCCAAGUGGACGGAUGGCAAACAGGAGAAGCCCACUGUCCGCACAGAAUCCGAUGAAUAAAGCUCUGGUGCCAUAGUGGCAUAGUCCUUGCUACAGAUGAUUUGAAGUGUUGUUGCAAGUUUCCGGAACAUGCUAUUUAGCUGGCUUGAUUUUAUAGUCAAUGCUGAAUAAUAAAUACUUUUUACGACAAUUGUCUUUUUCGUUGCUAAUUGCACUCGCCCUACCUGAAUCAGUCAUGUGAACAUCAUGGAAUGCUUCAGUUUUGUACAAACUAAAUUUGUUGUGCUGUCCGACAGAUUCUAUGUCUGGUCCUUAAAAAUAAAGGAAUAAUGAAUGUAGUGUUUUUGAA